AUGAAUUCAAAGACAGUCGCAGAUGCAUUAUGUCUAGGAAAUAGUCGCAAGUUUGUAUCUGUCAAUCCAUUAUUUCCAUUGCAUGCAUGCUUUGUAUCCACCAUCAAAAAGGACUCGACUACGAUUUUCAGCACAUCAAAAAGUAUGGUCUUGUCAUCUACAGUCCGCACUCAUGUUACUGCUCCCAUCACUCCGUUACCGGAAGUAAAAGAUUCAAUCAACUCCAUUCAACCGUCUGCAAUAGAUACAGCACAGGUAGUUUCAUCCAAUCCACCAACCCCAAUCAGAACUGUUGAACCGAUCACUCGAGAGGAGCAAGCUCAUGACUCGGCCGUAUUGGCUACAGUUGCUUAUAUCUCGCAAGCUGCUUAUAUUGGAGAAUGGAAGAGUCGAGUAAAACAACUUAGAAGAGAAGUCACUGAAGUUGAACAUAAAAAUCAGCGGAAACAUCAACUUAAAGGAUCACAAAAAGUAGUGUUGCUAGCCAUAUCAAGCAACCUCAUUAUGUUUUUUGCAAAAUCAUACGGCGCAAUCACAUCUGGAUCUGCAUCAAUGUAUUCAGAAGCUUUGCAUUCAUUAGCUGAUGUAUUAAAUGAGAGCUUAUUAAUGCUUGGAAUUUCAAGAUCGCUGCGACAACCAGACACUGAGCAUCCUUACGGAUUUUUAUCAGAAAAUAUAUGUAUGAUGCAAACAGGUGUAUUUUUUUUGGGAGGCGGUGUAAGUUUGUAUCAUGGCAUCAAUGGACUAUUUGUGAAUGAUCACGUUUUGGGCGAUCCCACCAUUGCACUAUAUAUUUUGGGAGCGUCACUAUCAUUUGAUUUAGUUACAAUGGCAUUUGCUUACCGACAAAUAGCAUCGAGUGCACGCCAGGCCUCGACAACAUUUUGGUCUUAUCUCGUCAAGGGUGGAGAUCCAACCUCUGUUCAAGUUUUUCUUGAAGACUGUUCAUCUGUCACGGAUUCGUUGGGAUCCAUUACAAUUGGGAUACUGCUGAGUGCUGUUGCGACAUUUUUGAUUAAACGGAAUAUUUCUGGAUUGGUGGAGCGAAGUAUGCAUCCAGCAAAAGAAGCAAGCAUUAUUGGGUUACUGGAAGCUGAUUCUAUAGUGACGUCUGUACAUGAUGUCAAAUCGACGAGUAUUGGACCGGAAUGGGCAAGAUUCAAAGCCGAGAUUUUGUUUAAUGGGGAAGAGGUUGCAAGAAAGUAUAUUGCAUCGAAUCCAGUGCGUAUCAAGACAGAUUUGGAGACUCUGCGAGCAUUGAAUACCGAUGCGGAGAUUCAAGAAUGGAUGACAAAGCAUUCAGCACGAGUAGUAGCGAGUUUAGGUACAGAAGUAGAUCGAAUAGAACUGGAAAUCAAGGAAGCCAUGCUAGUCAGCGUUCUUAUUGCCAGCAUUCCGACUACUAUUGCCUCGACUUUGUCUAAAACGACUCUCAAUACAACUCUUCCUUUGGAUGCUCCAGAAACUCUCAUCGACUAUCUUAGUAUAUAUCAAACCACUUUCAAAUCCAGUCCAAUACUAGGAAGUCUGUUUCUAUGUCUAGCACUGAUAUUUCUGUUUGUAGCUCUUGCAUCGACUGCUGAACUGUUCUUCUGUCCAAACCUGUCAUCAAUUGCAACUCUGUUGGGAAUGCCUGAAUCAGUAUCAGGAGUGACUCUGGCUGCUUUGGGCAACGGUGCUGGUGAUCUUUUUGCUACAUUUGCUGCCUUUCGCACUGAUAAAAUUCCCCUGGCAUUGGGUGAACUGUAUGGCGCAGCUACAUUCAUUUCAUUUCUCAUAGCUGGCUUGGUAUGCAUUAUUCGACCAUCAAAACUGCCUCGUCGACCUUUUGUUCGAGAUGUCAUUGCAUUCAUUGGUGCAGCUAUCUUGGUUAAUGUAUUUGUUGUAUCGGGUGAGAUUGACUUGAUCAAGGGUUGCGCGCUGGUUGGAUAUUACUUGUUGUAUGUGCUGGUUGUGAUCGUUGGUGUAUGGAUUAGUCAAAGGAAAAUGCAUGAAAUGAGUUCUCAUGCAUCAAGUGUAAGAGCAUUGAUUCAAGAAAGUACUCCUCAGCUUGGAGACUUGGAUGACAAUACUUCUACAACAGAAAAUAGAUCUUUAUUAAUAGCCGAGUUUCCAGAUACACGCUUAUCAAACAUGUCAUUAGUAGAAGAAGCUGAUUUCGAUGCCGAUUUUUUUCUCCCUCAUCUUCGAAUUCAAAAACUAGCCAGCACAUACUUUCUAUCCAAUCGAUCCAGAUCGCCUACUCAUGAACACAAUUUUAGUGACUCGAAUCAUAUAUCUUCAUCAGACACGCUAUCCAAUGCAUAUAGACCUCCAAGACGGCAGGCUAGUGAAGACGAGGUUUUAUCUUACGCACCAGUGGUGACUCCACCUGACCGAUACGAUUGCAUUACAACUUUUUUAAAGUCCACUCUUAUGUUGGCUGUACCCGUUGUUACCAAAUGGCAUCGCAUGACUGUGCUUCAUCGUCUUCACUCCAUUGUUGCAUCACCACUUGUUUUAAUUCUCACAUUGACUGCACCAGUUGUGCAUGAACAAUAUUUGGAUGGAUACAUGUGCAUAUCAGAUUCAUUACUGGAGCAACGUGAAUCGUUACUGAUGGAUACAGAGGCAGAUAUGGAAGAUGGACAUAUUCAUGUAUUGGAUCAAGAAGAAAAGAUGAUUCCAGGACUGGUCAUGACUCAAAUGUUUUUUUUACCCAUGGUACUGUGCCUUUAUUUUGAAGUUAAUGUAGUGAUUGUAGAGGAUAGUGUAUACAUACCAGUAUGGGGAGUAUCUAUUAUUUUUGGCAUCGUGCUGAGUGCUUUGACGUGGUGGAUGGUGAUUCCACGUAUAUCCAGCCGAUGGAUACUGGUUUUUCUUGCAGUGAUGGGAUUUGGAGUAUCGAUGUUAUUUGUUGCAACAGUGUCAAACGAAUUGAUUGGAUUAUUGGAAGCCAUUGGAGUACUUUCAGGUCUUAGUCCAACCAUUUUGGGAUUGACGCUUUUUGCACUAGGAAAUAGUAUUGGAGAACUUGUAACGAAUAUACAGAUUGCACGAAUGGGAUAUCCGACCAUGGCUAUUGGAGCAUGCUAUGGUGGACCAAUGCUUAGUGAGUAA